AAAGCUCGCGGUACUAUCAAGUUGAAAGCCAGCAGCUGCGGCCAGUGACGUGCUCUCAAAUUAGUGCCCUGUAUAUUUCCCGCCCAUGGUUCAAGUGAUCAUAGAUUUUGAUUUGGCUUCGUGGUAGCUGAGAGAUAGAUUCCUUCCAUUCAACAGUCUCGGUAUUGUCUACCAAAAUGUCUGGACUAUUCGGAUUGAUGGAUGGUUACAAACACUUCAUGGAGAAACAUUCUGAUCCACGGACGACAGAUUGGUUUCUAUCUGGAAAACUGGGACAUUUAAUAGUGAUUCUAGUAACAUAUGUAUACUUCUGUACAAAGGCUGGACCAAAAUAUAUGAAACACAGGAAACCUUAUGAACUCAAAAGGACCAUACAAAUAUACAAUCUCAUUCAAGUAUUUUCCAGCAUGUAUCUAGUUUACGAAGGAUUAGAAGCAGGAUGGGCAACAGACUACAAAUUUGCUUGUCAACCAGUAGUACCAGGAGAAAAAGGAAUGAGGAUGGCCAAAGGAGUAUGGUUAUAUUUCUUCUUCAAACUAACAGAAUUAUUAGACACGGUAUUUUUCGUUCUUAGGAAAAAGUACAACCAAGUCACCUACCUACACUUAUAUCAUCACACUCUUAUGCCUGUCUGUGCUUGGAUUGGUGUGACAUUUUUGCCAGGUGGACAUGGAACUUUACUUGGUCUUAUCAACUCCUUCAUUCACGUGAUCAUGUACGCAUAUUAUUUCCUUUCUUCGCUGGGGCCACAAUACCAGAAGUACCUUUGGUGGAAAAGGCAUUUGACAAAAAUGCAGAUGGUCCAGUUUUGCAUAAUAUUUGUGCACAACUUUCAAGUACUCUUCAGAGAAUGCGGCUAUCCUAAACCUAUAAACUAUCUAUUAUGCGUUCAAGCCGCCUAUUUCCUGUAUCUUUUCGGACGUUUCUAUGUCAAGCAGUAUUUGAGAGAAAAACAGAAGGUUAUCGAAAAAGAAUCCGAUUGCAAAGAAGAAGCACACAAAUUAUCAAACGGUACUUCGGCAGCCAAAAUGAAUGGAGCAGUGCAGACUGACAGUGUACAAAACAAAAUCAAGGCGAAUUAACUUGCUCAAUGGUUAGAAGAAUGCAUGGACCUUACUUGCUUCUGAGGAGUUUAGAUAGGUUUGCGCAUGGAAAAUAACUGCUCAACAACUGGAAGAGUUUUUAGGAUUAUGUGUGUUAUUGAAAUAAAUGUGUUUGUAUAUUUUUUAGGAGUAAGUGCAGUAGUAUAUUUUAUUUCUCUUAUAUAGGAUGUUGUGAUAUUGAUUGUAAAAUAAAGUUCAGCGUUGUUAUUAGGAUUUCUAAGCUGACUGUUAUAACACAGAAGGCAACACUUUUUUUUUAUUAUGUACACAAAUAGGGCUGUUACCAUGCUAUAUUUAUGUUAGCAGGAAUAUUCGAAUUUCAGUAUCACGAAUUUUAAACAUACCUAUAUACCUACUUCAUCAUACUGGUGCCACAUUUGAAAAUAAGUCAGAUACAAUCUUGAGAUAGCUAUAAACAUGUUCGACGACAAUGUUUCCUUCUAUGUUACCAAAAUGACGCAUCAGAAAUAUGUGAUGAGUAAGAAAAAGCAAAAAUAUGAAAUAAUCCGAAUGUCUCCAACAUUAUUUCUUCAUAUUUUCCAUAAUUUUUCACCCCUGAUUGUCUGAUUAUUGAUUAAGGAUGGAUUAUUUUGGUGAAUAACUUUUUUAUAUGAAACGGCCAAUAUGAAAUAAAUUGUU